AUGUGUCAAACAGACAGCUUUAUCGACCUUGCGCGAAACCGUCGCACUAUCUACAAACUCGGCAGUAACAGCCCGGUCCCCGAUGCCAAGAUCAAGGAGCUCCUGCACGCUGCCAUCGAGCACGUCCCCAGCGCCUUCAAUACCCAGUCAACGCGGCUCGUGUCCCUGCUUCACGACGACCACCGGAAGUUCUGGGAUAUUGUGAUCGAGACCUUUGCCGGGCUGGUGAAGUCUGGGAGAAUCCCCGAAGAGCUGUUCCAGAAGCAGACCCGUCCGAAGUUGGAGGGUAUGAAGGCUGGGGUUGGAACGAUUCUCUUCUACGAGGACCCUUCGCACAUAGCUCCAUUCUCAGAGAAAUUCCGUACCUACAAAGAUCAUUUCCAACCCUGGGCAGAGCACUCGAACGCGAUGCACCAGUAUUUCCUCUGGGCGGGACUGGAAUCCUUAGGCUUUGGUGCCAACCUCCAACAUUAUAACCCCCUCAUCGAUGCUCCUGUUGCCAAGGAGUGGGACGUUCCAUCUGACUGGCGUUUGAUCGCACAGCUUGUGUUUGGAUCACGCGAGGGGGAGGCAGGAGAGAAGGCCCAGAAGCCCAUUGAAGAUCGCCUUAAAAUUUAUGGCAGUGCUUGA